AUGGCGGAUCUACUGGAUGAGCUGGAGGACGAUGAGCCUGAAGGUGUCGAGGUGGUGCGAGCAGAUGAGAAUCCGUUCUCAUUCCGCAAGUUUGCAGGGCUCGAGGACUCAAACCCGGGAAGUGGGGAAGCAAGUUUGGCCACGCAAGCUCCGGGCAAACCAACUUUGCAGCCCACUAAGACCAGCGCGCAGACAAAACCUCAGAGCAAGAAGCUGCUAUUUGAGGACUCUGAAUCCGACGACGAGACAAGCAUUCCUGGAUUGAGCACUGCGCGCCAUGGUGUCCCGGCAAAUGGGCAGCAGUCGGGGCAAAAAAAGACGGAGGCAACUGAGAAUCCAUUUUCCUUUACUGCCUUUGUUCAAAAGUCUGCGACCGUCACCACAAGCUCAGCGAUCGCCCCGACACCCAGUCCGACAGUGGCGACGACUCGCGCCAAGUCCUCAGCAUCAGCCACCCCCUCGUCGCAAGGCUCAUCAAGCACAUCGACUCGCAUUGUGUCAAACUCAUCUGGCUCUGUGAAUCAUGAUCAGAGCUCAGCACCGGUCUUGCCCAAGAACUCAAAACCGCAAGCGACCUUCAAAGAGGAUAUCAGUGACGACGACGACAACGAUAGCUUUGCCGAGAGUCCACCUCCAUCUGCAGCCGUUCCGACCACUCUGCCAGAUGUGGACGCUGCCUCUCCUGCAGAAGCAAAGGCACCCAAGCGACGGUCGUCCUCAUCAGGCGUUGCGUCGCGCGUCCGCGAGAAGAUUGCCGGCCUCGAGCGUGAGGUGGCGGAGCGCUCGGCAGAGCUUGUGCAGGUUAAAGACAAAUCACGAACCGUCAUCACAGACUUGCGUGCCAAGAUCAAACAGCUGCAGACCGAGGCGCAGGCACAGAAGGAGCGUGCCGACGCCGCCGAGGCUCGCUUGCGACGCAAGGAAAAAAAAGAUGCCGAAGAGCUACAGGCCAUGCAACAGUUUGCCUCCGCUGCGGAAAGCAAUUUGGCUGCCAGUGUGCAACGCGCUGUUGACGCUGAAUCUCGAGCGGCGGCCCUCGAAGCUGAGCUUUAUGCUGCCCGCCAAGGGCUGCCCACGCCGGCCAUGGAGUACCUGCACCAUGUGUGCCAACAGCUUGAGCAGAUGGGCCAGGAGGCGGCCACCGAGCUCCGGUGCGUUGUGUGCACCCCGUGCAGCUUGGCCACUAGCCCUUUGCAGUGGUUGCUGACCUGA